AUAUACACCUACAGAGGUAUAUAUAGCAUAUCCACACACCCAUGGGAUCAAGACACACCACCCCCGUCCAACUCCCCGGCUUUAAUCUGCCCUUGGAUCACCGGCCCUCGCAGAAGCGAAAUCUCUACGAAUUAUCCGUGUUUCCCAAUGCCCUGGACCCGCGGGAUGUCGAGCAGGGCUACGCCGGCCGGGUCAGCACCCAGCGAGAAAUCACCAUGAUGCAGAUCAUGAAUGCCAUCGCGGAAAAGCCCGAGUGGGAUCGCAAGGUGUUCGACGACACCAUCACCGAUCGAUGGCGGACCGAGAUCAUGGAAUCGGGCCGCGAUGUCUCGCGGCGCAUGAUGGACUGGAUCUUCCGCGAGCUGCGAUGGAAGACGGAGGGGUUCCAGCGCCACGGGCUGUUCCCCGUCUUUGAUAUUGGCGUCGUGCGCUCCGAUACCGCCGUAUCGCCCGAGCUACAGCAGGCCCUGCGACAGGCCGUGCGCCCGCUGGAGACGAUCCCCGAGGAUCAAAAGGACUACCAUCCCGGCUCGGAGCAGCGCGUGGUCGACCUGGUCCAUCCGUCCCUGUUCCCACUGGUCUAUGGGCAGACGCGCAUCCUGCCAGACAGCUGCAUCACGCGGGACGACUGCCUGGAGAGCAUGGGCGAGGGGGUCCACCUGCCCAUCCCCCCGGAAAGCGAGGCCGGUUCCGUCGGGCGCAAUUCCUGGCAUUACAACGGGUUGCGCCCCUAUAGCCGGAAAUUUCAGUGGCUGCCCUGCGACGUGGCGCUGAACGAGACCGGCGGCUGUCACAUCCGAUCGUACAUCAAUAAUCUGCACCCGACGCAGCACGAAGACCUCUAUCACGUCGUGGAGCAGAUCAUCGACGCGGCCAUCCCCCUCUGGGACGCCAGUCUGACCAAGGUCCGGAGCUACUGCAACGAGCGCAUCCCCUACGACCACGUCGAGUACCUGGACCACCCCCGGCCGGAGCCCGAACCCCAGGAGGACGAGGACUCGGACAGCGAGGCAUUCUGGGACCGUCACGAGGAAUGGCGGCGCGCGCGGCCCAUCCGCCAGCCCGAGCCCGGGGCGUUCACGCCCUCGCGACCGUCCUACACGGGCCCGGUGGACCUGCGGACGCGGUUUCGGGACGACGGGCUCCAGAUCAUUGUCAAAUUGGCCAAUAUCGAAUUGACCCCGGAGCGACCGGACUAUGGCGGCGGAUCGUGGCAUAUUGAAGGGCAGCUGAAUGAACGGAUCUGCGCCACGGCCAUCUACUACUACGACAGUCACAACAUCACCGACAGCCAUCUGUGCUUCCGGCAACGCGCCACGACGGACCUGUCCGAGGUCCGCUAUGAGCAGAGCCACCAUGAAUUUCUGCAGGUCGUGUAUGGAUUCGGCCCCGAGGUGACCGGGUUGGGGGACACCCCCGUCACGCAAGAUCUGGGGAGCGUCCAGUGCCGCCCAGGUCGACUGCUCACCUUCCCCAAUACCGUGCAGCACCGCGUGGCGCCCUUUGCCCUGGCGGAUCCCACGCAGCCGGGCCAUCGCAAGAUCCUGGCCCUCUUUCUGGUGGACCCCCACCGGCGCAUCAUCUCCACGGCGCAUGUGCCACCGCAGCAAGCCGAGUGGGCGCGCGCGCGACAGGCGGCCGUGCAGCAGGCCUUAUCCGCGCGAUUGCCCCCGGAGUUGCAGCACCUGGUGUCCCAGGCGCUGCCCGCGGCGGGCAUGACCGGGGCGGCGGCUCAGGCCUACCGCCAGGAGCUGAUGGACGAGCGACGGGCUCGCCAGCGCGCCCAGAACACGACCUUUGAGCGGGGGGACUUUGCGCUGUGUGAGCACUGACGGGCAUGCCGUGUAUAUUCACGUUGAUUAAUGCGGGCGCUCAUCGGAGAUGGCUCCGACGGACCAUCGAGCCAUCAGCCGCGCCAUAAUUCUAUUCUUCGUCCAAUUUCAGUAGCGAAACAUGUAUUCCAAAC